GGACCUUUUACUGCGGUCCUUCUUGGCAUAGAUACAAAAGACGCCGAAACUUGGUAGGGUUUUAGUGUGGUUUGUACUGUGGCAUUCUUUGGAUCCCUCGAUAAUGUGUGUUGCUUUGGUCAUACAUAUCGAAUCAAUGUGAAGAGAACAAUGGACUGACACAGUCUCCAGUCAUCAUGUCUCACCCCAAGCCACGAAAACCAAGGCCUCUGGGAUCAUUACGUCAGAUCUCCAAAAACAGCCCCGAGAAACUCCCAACCAUCCCUCGUCUUCCAGUAAUCUCCACCGAUACAGAGAAACUGAAAGAAGGCAUUCAUGGGAAUGCCAUGACAGUACCUCCUCCUUCUCAACCUGAAACUGCCCGGAGCAGGCCUCCAACAGACGACCGGCCGAAGUCGGACAAAAAACCACCAAAAUCUUCUGGUUCCUCCGGAAGUGCAGUCUCGCACGAGAGCUGUGAGAAGGAAAUCAAAGAUGGUCUUAACAGGGAGAAGGACCUGAAAGACCAGGUGUCGGCCUUACAGAAGCAGAUCGCGGAGCUGAAGAUUGCACUGAGGGGGAAAGAGAAUGAGAACACGGCACUACAGGACAGACUAGAAACACAGGAGAAGGAACAUGAAAGCCGACUGGAUGAGGAGAGAGCUGACCACGACAAGACUCGAACCUCUUUGCAAGGCACCCGCGAGGAACUAGGGCAAGCUCACGAACGGAUUGGUCGAAUGGUUGGGGAACACAGAGAAGAGCUGGAGGCUCUCAAAACCGAGUUGGAGCAACAACUAAAGGAUGCCAUUGCUUCUAAAGACGCUGAAAUCUCUGACAAAGAUAAAAAACUGUCUAGGUUGAAGUCACAAAUGGCCGACGCCUUGAAGGGAAACUCUUGGGAAAGGCAGCAGCAAUUGGAGGAAUUGACAAAAGAAUUGUCCCGCAUGCAAGAGGAGAGCGACACGCUACGCAUGAAGAUCAAGGCUUUGAGUAAAAAUAAACAGGGCAGCUGUGGAAACUGUGAGGAUAGCUUAAGUAAAGUCACAAAACUGCAAGCUCAGCUGAAGGAGCGGGACCACACUGUGCGGGAACUGAAGGCACUGUGUAGCAAGUUUGAAUCCCAGCUCAGCACCCAAGACAAACUGCUGGAGCAGUGGGCAGUCUCACACGGACACAAGAUUACAGCCCCCAAGUGAUCGCCCUAAGUUUUGGAGGACACGGGGGCAAACAUGAAGAAUGAACAGCCCCAUUGUGAUCCUGAGUGCUCACACAAGCCCCGACAUGCUGUCCUUGUCUGCUAAUUAAACAGACACAUAGAGACGCACGCCUUUGAUGGGGAAGGGGUUGAUAUUUAUGUUUGCUGAUUCUAAUAGCACAGUAUGAAUGCUGUGUUUUGAAGUAUCAUAGUUUCGGGGGGGGGGGGGGGGGCAGCCUUAUGAGAUAGGUGAGGUAGUGUCAUUCCCAUGGGUGAAGAUGUAGUUUUACUUCUCGCAAUAGGAACUAGGAAAAACACAGGCUAUAUUGGAGUUAGUGGCAGCAAAACUACAACAUAUCUUGUUCCCACCUCGAUCAAUCAUACUCACCCCUUGCACACACCCAUCUGCGUGCCUAAAUAUCAUUGCUCAAUAGUUUCCACUUGCAACCGGAUAUGGUCAGGUUUUUUCUUAUACAGUGGAACUCGAAUUCUACGAGGUCGCCGGGCCUGACCUAAAAUCUCGUUGAAUCCAAGUGUUCGUUAU